UCAAAACAAACUUUUAUCUGUCAAAAUCACCAUCGCCAACACGUGCGGUGCGGUUGCAAUUCUCUGAAUUAAAUAUUUACUUCUCGUAAUUAAUUUAACAAACUUUACUUAAAAUGCUUAAAUUUAAGAAAAAAUCUAUCGAUACUAAGGUACAACAAAUCAACAACAACACAGAUGAAUCCAAUGCGGAGGAAGAAGAUGAAGAAGUCCACUAUGAUUCAAUGAUCGAGAAUGGAACAAGUGAAGAUUCUGACGACGAAUCCGAUAAUCUAAAUGAAGAUGAAAGUGAUGACGGAUUCUCAGAGCAAGAAGAAGAACAAACCCCAUCCGCUGCUGCUGCGUCGGCUCUAAAACGAAAGACAAACACUGAAACUCCGACGAAUGGCCUUCCACCAAAGAAACAAAAAAUUGACAAAAAUUCAGCUUUGUUCAAGCAACCCACUGUCGAGGAACUAAAUCAGCUCAACGAAACCAAAAAUCUAUUCCAUUCGAAUCUGUUUCGGAUGCAAAUUCAAGAGAUUCUUGGAGAAAUCAAGAUAAAGGACAAAUACACUAAGUUUGUGAAUUCAUGGAUGGAAACUUUUGCCUCGUUCUUGGCCAAGCUUAAAUCAGAGAACUGCAAAAACGAUUCAAGUGCAUUACCUUGGUUGAAAAAAAGUCAGAUGAUACUUCCGCUUGCUUUGGAUAAAUUCCAAUUAAAAAGUUUCCAAUUUCAAUUCAUCAAACCCACCGAGAAACCCUUCAUAGUUGGAUCUUUCAAGCAUCAAGCAAUGAUUGGCCCAAAGUUUACUGUGGACGUGUGUGUUUUGAUGCCAAACGAGUGUUUCCAAAAAGACGACUACCUCAAUCUUGUGUACGAUCAAAAGAGAGCCCUAUACUUGGCUUAUAUUGCCAACAAAAUGACCCAAACGAACCCCGAUAAAUAUGAUUUCAAAUUCAAUUACUUCAACAAUAAUCCUUUGAAACCAGUUCUAGAAGUAACUCCCGCCGGCAGUAUAGGGAAGAAGUUGAUUUUAAGAAUAUUCGUUGGAGCUGGAGAGUCUGCAUUCAAACUUAAUCGUUUUGUCCCAUGGAACAGUAAUAUACGUGGCAGCAUCUUUGGAGAAAAGGAUACGAGCGAAAAUCUACCCCUGGCGACUCCUAACUACAAUGCUGGUGUUUUGUUUGAUUUAACAUUGAAAAAAAAUCAAUCAGCUUUGGAAGAGACUCUUUUCAAUCAUAAAAAUCUCCAAGAAGGUUUGAUUCUCUUGAAAGUUUGGCUGCGACAGAGAAAUUUCGAUGUGGGUUACGCAGGAUUCGGAAGUCACAUCAUGUCAGCUUUCGUCGUGUAUUUGUUUAGGCAGCGUAAAUUGCAUACAGCUAUGAGCAGUUAUCAGGUGGCCAGACAGGUUUGGAAUCAUUUAGCUCUAAGUACUUGGGAUGAAGAUGGCAAAGGCAUCACACUUUGUAAUGAUUUCUCUGCACCAAAUCAACCAACAUUGCAACAAUUUUCGGCCUACUAUAAAGUUGUAUUUGCUGAUUUUACUGGAUUUUCCAAUAUUUGUGCCAAUCUAUCUGUCGAUGUAUAUCAGAGAGUAAAAGCUGAAGCAAAGCGAACAAUUGAUAUUCUAAACAAUACGAAAAUCAAUAGUUUUCCAUUGGUGUUUAUGACUAAUUGUCCUGUUUUUACACAAUACGAUCAUAUUUUGAAAAUAUCUGAAGAAUCAGCAAUAAUGAAGAUGCUGGAGAAGCAUGGAAUUCGAGCAGAUCGUCAUAACUUUGCAGGAUAUUGGUUUCCGCAAAUGCUUAAAAUGGUUUCCGAUGUGCUACGUAAAGGCCUUUCCGAUCGUAUUUUUCAUAUGGUGCCUAUAGAAACAGCACAGUCAUCAUGGCUAAUUAAUGAACAGCCCAAAGAAAUUGAAAUCAAUUUCCGGCUUGGAUUUAUUUUGAAUCCCGAACAAGCUUAUGAGAUUCUUGAUAAAGGUCCCCAAGCAAACGACGAAAACGCUGAAGAAUUCCGUAAAUUCUGGGGAUCUAAAUCUGAGCUUAGACGUUUCCAAGACGGAAGUAUAACCGAAUCUUGUGUUUGGUCGGCAUCUGGAGAAUCGUUUGCUAAGAAACGUCUUAUAGUUCAAAGAAUAGUGGAACAUCUUCUAGGGCAUCAUUUCAGUUUGCCAUCACCACUUAUCAAUUAUAUAGCUGGGGAUUUGGAUAAAGCUUAUAGAUUAAAUCGUAUAUUUAAAGUAGAUAAAUUACAAAAAGAUGUAAAUCAGGAGACAGAUGCAGAAACAACUUCAUUGGAAGUCAUCAAUAGUUUUGAUGAUCUUGGCCAGAAAUUGAGAACUCUAGACGACUUGCCAUUGGAAAUAACAAACAUACAAGGCACAUCGUCUGUGUUCAGAUAUUGCGAUCCAGUACCUGUUUUAGCCGAUGGAAGGUACUCCAAACUUGGGAUAGUUAGUAGAACUGUCUGUAAUGGAAUUAUUCAAUUAGGAGUAAGUGGAAAAUGGCCAAGUGAAUUGUCUGCAUUGCGUGCUCUUAAAACAGCAUUUUAUGUUAAAAUAGCACAAGCGCUUAGGGCAAAACAUAAAUAUCGAACUAUGAUUCGUUUCGAUGGCAUUUUAAUAUUCAAAGAUGGAUAUGUGUUUCGAGUGGAAAUAUCACAUGCCAAGGAAAUUGCACUUAUGAAGAAAGAAGUCAACGAAAAAGGACUCACACAAUACAAAGAUACUCCUGAGAGUAUAGCUUUAGAGAAAAAAUACCUUCUGCUUCCUAAAUUAACAAGUGCUUUGCAUGGACUGUAUAAGUUACAUCCGAGUUUUGGACCAACGGUUAUGAUUGCUAAAAGGUGGUUGUAUUCACAACUAAUUGACAGUGGGUUGUGGCCAGACGAGUGUACGGAAUUAUUGAUUGCUAGCCAGUACAUGAAAAUGGGAGCCCAAGCUAAUACCUGCCAACCACAGACGGGAUUUUUCCGAUUUUUGCAUUUGUUAGCGAAUACAGAUUGGCAAACGGAAAUGGUGGUUUUACAGUUUAAUGAGGAGCUCGAUGACGAUAGUGUUUCCGAGCUUGAAAAUAAGUUUAUCAACGAACGCGAUUCUUUCCCUCCACUGUUGAUUGUUACUUCGUACGAUGAAAAACGUUAUGGAAUUUGGAGUAAAGAAGCCCCAAUCCUACCUGUUCUGGCUCGAGUGAAACUUUUAGCUAAACAUGCUCUUAGCCUCAUUGAGCCAGCAAUCUUAUAUCUUUCAGAGGAAAUUAAGCCACAUAAAUUGUUUACGGCUUCCAAGGAAGGCUAUGAUAUACUAAUACGCUUAAAAUCCGAUCUUGUGCCAAAUUGUAUGGCGAACGAAUUCCCGUCUGCCUUUACCGAAUGGCAACAACCAAAUUUCAGACAAUUUCCAAGCGGUCAAAAUUUUGCCAAGUCUGCAAUCACUGAACUUAGGGAAGCUUUCUCGGAAUUUUGUAUAUUUUUCUAUGAUCCAUGUGGCGGAAGGACUAUCGCGUUGAUUUGGAAGCCUGAUAUUUUCGUGGAAAGAGAAUUCAAAGUUGGAACUAUGAACGGGUGCGCUCUCACCGAAGAUGGUACAAAAGUUAUAUGCAAUAAAGAAGCACUCAUUGAAGAUAUGAAGGUUAUUUUAAAAGAUUUGUAUUCAUCAAUAGAGGAAAUAAAUAAAUAAUUUUUUUGUA